CGUAAGCCCUGUGGUGCAUCUUCUGCAAGGGUACUCAACUUUUAUCACAUUUAAGCUCUUUACAUUUCUUUGUAAACCCCACCACCAAGUCCAACUAAGCAAAGGCAUUUGCAAUUAAAAACCAUAACGUCAUCACCGAGCAGGACUAAGUGCAUUUAAUAACCCGAAAGCUGUUAAGCUUAGUUACCUUUGGUCAGCAUUUUUAGAGAGUUGCAAAUGGCAACUGUAACCAUGCGAAAACUCAAUCAACAUUCAAGGUUUUUUUUUGUUCCUGUCUCCCAUUUCGUGCAACCCAAAUAUUGUACAUAGCAGUCCAUAUGCCAAAGAAAACAAAUGAACAGCAGCAGAAGCAGGAAAUGGAGAAAGCCUCUUCUGAAAGGACACACUAUGCAUGCAAAGGCGAGAGAGAUGGACCAAUCUAUGGAGUGGACACUGGAGAAUGAUUUGAAAACUUUGAGUUGACACUGACUGACAUAGCAGAAAGCCCAAAGCCCAACACUGACCACCACAGCAAAAGCACGCACUCACACAGGACAAGAAGACCAUUGACCGAACAUUUGUUGCACGUUGUUUGUUUCUAUUAUGAGGCAGACAAUAGAGCCCAUAGAGUUGGCCUAAACUAUUAUCCAAAGAUUGUCACUCAACUAAUGGAGCCAUUUUGCCGGGGGUCUCAAAUGUAAAACUGACACCAAAGUGCCAACAACGCAUGCAGUCCAACAGCAUACCAACAGAAUAUUUCCAAACAGCAAGUCAAACGGAGGAGACUUCAUCAACUCGAAACUACUGCGCUGCAACAUAGGAGCGAGGAGCAGGCAAGGAUAAAAGCGCACCAGGAUUGCCACGUCCAAGAAUGCUACAGAAAUAUCAUCCGAAUCCUUUGUCACAUUUUCUGGCUUUGCACAACGCAUCACAGGCGGCAACGCAUCAUAAUCAUGUGGUGGAUGCCCAUACCUUGGCCACAACACUUGCGAAUAGUCACAGUCAAUUUCAUCAUCAUCAGCAGCAUAACCAGCAACAGACUCUUCUGCACCAACAUCACCACCACCACCACCACCACCAGCAACAUCAUCAUCACAGCCACAAUCAACAGCAGCAGCAACAACAUCAGACGGCUGCGGCCCUAUUAGCAGCCAACCAACAUCACAACUCGCACCUCCAAUUGGCCGCUGUGGCAGCAGCCCAACAUUUGAACUCUCAUAACUCGCCCGGCCAACAGCAUUUACACUCGCCACCCACCCAGCAAGCCUCUAGGACACCACCACACAAUCCAGGCGAACAAUUAACCCCCCCAAACAACAAUUCCACACCUACCCCCAAUCACAGCAGCCUGCGCCAUCAUCAUUCGAGACACACACAGCAGCUAAUUGAGGCAGCGGCAGCAGUGAAUACAACCCUUGAUGCGGGCAAAUCCUUUACAAUAGCCGCCAUUUUGGGCUUACAAAAGAGUGCCAUGGAGAGUUCGUGCAAGGAAUACAGCAACAAUGUGAUUAACCUUUCAUUAAAUGGAGGCUCGAACAGCAGCAGCAGCAACCACAACAACAACAACAACCAUAACGAGGAGCAUGACAACAUUAACGACAACGACAGUCUCCAACGACAAACGACUGGUGUAGCCACCCCCGAAACACAAAGGAAUUCAAUGGAUGAGCCACAACAUCAUCAGCAUCAGCAUACCCAUCAUCAUUCCCAUUCUCAUGGCCAACAUGGCAAUAACAGCAACAACAAUAAUAAUAGGGAGGUUACUAACUUAAAUCUAAACAAGUCAUCAACAAAUAUUUGCAAUAGUUUUCAUGUCACAACUGCCAAUGCGAACCUUAGCGCCGCUUCCACUGUAAAUAGUUUCAAUUGUGAUAAUGCUGCCGGAGCUGCUGCAGCCACUGUACUUAUGAACCGUUAUUUGCCCACGGCCAUGGUAAAUGUGACAGGUGCGGGUGUUGUUGCUGCCUCCGCUCCUUCGAUGGUAUCCUUUGCCGGCACACCUGUCAUGGCCCAUCAGCAACAUUCGCGGGCAAAUGGCUUUGUUGGCGGCGCCCCCUCAGCCUUGCAAAGUCUACAGCAACUGCAUCAGCAGCAUGCUGCACAUCAGACCACGCUUAGUUUUCAAAGGGAGAAACUAAAAUCGGAAAAUAAUGCCAAAAAAUCUUCACUUAAAAAUAAACGAGUCCGUACCAUAUUCACACCGGAACAACUUGAACGUUUAGAGGCUGAAUUCGAGCGUCAACAAUAUAUGGUGGGUCCCGAACGCCUAUAUUUAGCCCAUACACUACAACUCACCGAGGCUCAAGUCAAAGUAUGGUUCCAGAAUAGACGCAUCAAGUGGCGAAAACAUCAUCUGGAAAUGACACAACAGCGCCUGGCUUUAUUACGGCAAACCCAAAUAGUUCCCGGUAAUAAUGAACAAGCACCGGUUAAAAUAGACGGCACCGACGAUGAAGAUUGUGAUCCCAUAAAACGUGAAGAACUACGGGACUUUAACGAUAGUAGACAAGAUACGGAAUCUGAAUUAUCCGUCUGUAAUGAUUCCAUGGAUGCUGAGAGCAUAAUAGAUGAUGAAGAGGAGACAUAAGGUGUAAAUUGAAUUAAAACUGUUUUUAACAAUUUGUAUAUAGAAUUUGUGUUUUAAAAUUGUAUGAAAACCCUUGUAUAUAAAAUUUAAAAAAAAAAACUACGAUAUAAA